AUGUCCCAACUCGUAUACAUCACCACCGAACCCACCCAGACGCACCUAGAAACCAAAACCAACCCAAUCUGGAUCCACCCACACCUAAUCGAAAGCACCGACCCGAUCAAAGGCCGCCAAUUCCGCGUCUCAGCACCGAUUCCCAAGAACACCGUUCUCCUAGUCGACCGCCCAUACAGCAUAAUCCCCGUCGUCGACAACCCAACCGACAACGACGACCUCAUCUGCAGCAAUCCUGCCUGCAACAGGCGCGCACCGCGCAACACCCGGAAAACAUGUCCGAAUACCUGUCUGGGAGAUGUGGCGUGGUGUGGGAGUGUCUGUCGGGGGAAGGAUAGUCUGCGCCAUGGGUUUGAAUGUGGUUGGUUGAAGAGGUAUGCGGUGUCUAUAAGGAGCAAGUAUGGUGAGUAUGAUUUUGGGAUGUUGUGGAUUAUUGUGAGGUUGCUUGCUUCGAGGCAUUGUCAGCGUUUGGACUUGGAUUCAGGCUUGGAAUUGGACCCAGGCUUGAAGUGCAAUGGCUGGAGGGGAAUUGAGUCGCUGUGCGGGUCACAGGAGACUUGGCCUUGUGAUAUGGUCAAGUCUUGGACGGGGUUUGUGAAGAGGUAUUUACUGGAUGGGCCACUGUUGCCGCAUGGGAUGAGUGCGGAGCAGGUUUUGCAUGUUAUCUGUCAAGAAGAGGCGAAUUCUUUUGGUCUUUAUCCUCGGGAGACGGGGCGAUUCCCUGUUCCAUGGCCGGUUGUUGGUCGUGGGGUGCAGUAUGCUGGUGCUGUUUAUCCUACGGCGUCGAUGGCGAAUCAUUCUUGUUGGCCGAAUGUUGUUCAUAAAGCUGAUGAAAAUGGACAUAUGGUCUUCACUGCUUGUCGUGAUAUAUUCCCCGGCGAGGAGUGCUGCAUUUCGUAUUUUGAUCUGGCAGAGUAUACGGAUUUGACUUCUCGUCGUGAGCGUCUGAGGGAAUUGUUUCGGUUUGUUUGUCGGUGUGAGCGAUGUGUUGAUGAAGAGCCGGAGGAGGUAUCAGAAUGGAUUGACAUGGGUGGAUUUAUGAGUUAG